GAUAACCGAUUUUUGGCAUUUUAACUCUAAAAUAUUUCUAUGGUCCGUUUAGUACAAAUCAAACUCGGACACAGUUCGCAUCGAAAAAAUGUCGUGGAAUAUAUUUUGGAUAUUUUUUAUACACUUGGCAAUAAAUUCGUUUAGUGCUGAAAAGUUUUUGCAAAAUAUCAGAGAGGACUACUGUGAAAUAUACUGUAAAGAUUUAUGCAAGACCAAUGUUAGUGAUAAAACGUGCAUGCAAAAUGGAUCAUCUAUCAUCUCAAAUGGUUUUAAUAUGAAUUUUGAAGAUGGAAACUUGAAACUCACACGGAUCAAUAGCGACAUCAAAGAGUGGGACAUUACCCCAAUUUCCAAUGAAACUAAUGUCAAACUGAAUUCCUUAUUUGUUUUUUAUGACUCCACACUUCGUCCUGCAGUUUAUUAUCUCAGACAUUUUGGUGUACAAGAAGUAACGGAUUACUAUAUUAGUGGACCAUUUGUUAGAGCACACGAGACGGAUGUCAAUUAUUUAAAUGGCUCAAAAUCUCUUGCAAUUUCUACCGUUACGUUAACAGAUAAUUCGAUUGAAUACAUUCAGAUGAGCAGCCUGAAUUAUCUGGAAGAGAUUGAAAUUGUUGCUCCAGAUCAGGAAUACUUCGAAAUCUGGAUGAACGACGAUACUUUUGUGGGCACAACAAAUUUAAAAGUUCUUCGCUUUACGAGAAUGGAUUUUACAAAUCUUUCCGAAAAAGUAUUCAACAGCUUGCCAAAUUUACAGACAUUAGAUUUCAACAGUGUCCGUGUAGAGGAUCUCUCGUUCUUAAGAUCUGAGACUCUUCAGACGAGCCUAGUGAAUGCAAAUCUACGCGUCAAUCGAAAGGUGGAUAUGAAAUAUUUCAAAGGUUACACCAAAUUACAGUCUAUCUAUGUGGAUGAAUACGAACCCUAUGAGAAUCUGACAGCCAUGAUUUGUAAAUUUGAUGGAAAUACCUGCAAAUUCUCUGUUGGUAUCAACGGUAUAAAGUGUCCAGAUAAAUUUAGUUGCGAAUAUAAGUUGUCUACUAAGGAUUUAGAAUUAGUUUGUCAAUAUUGUAAACUUACAACAAUUCCACCAUUACCAAUUGCGAUUACUGGCAAUACGGCACUGUUUCUGGAUUCAAAUGAUAUAGAAGAACUGCCAAAGAAUACAUUAAGUGGAUAUAAUGACAUAAAAUAGUUAACUGUAUCCAAUAAUAGAUUAACUAGUCUUGCGAUUGAUCGGCUACCAAAAAAUCUGCACAGUUUGGACAUCCAAAAUAAUCGAAUCAAAAGACUCGAUAAAGAUGUUAUGGAAUACACCUCAAAAAUGUAUUAUUUUCAGCAGGCGGGAAACCUAUGGAGCGUCAAUUGUGAUGACAAUCUUAUGCUGGAUUUUCUGCAUAAUGUUUCCUUUAACCCGAUCGAACCUGUUUUUUUUCAUCAUUUAAACGUAUCGUGUCCAAUUGGAUGCCAUUGUUGCUUUAACCGCAGCACGGAUCACUUUAUGAUCGACUGUAGGCAUUCUAAUAAUCAAAUCUAUCCUGAUCUUCCGUAUUCAAUACCCUACAAUGCCAUCCUGCAGCUGGACGGGAAUGAAAUUACCAGCAUUAAAGACUCAUUGGGUCAUGCUUCCCUGAGAGAACUUUAUUUGUCUGAUAACAAAAUAAAGGACUUGCCAUUCCACCUGAUUCCCAAGAACAUUACACAUUUGGAUCUACGAAAAAACAUGCUGGAGGCUCUCGAUGAUCAGGUGGUCGAUUUAUUGAGAGAUCGCGAGGUCCAACUAUCUGGAAAUCCCUGGACAUGUGACUGCAGGGCAAAGAACUUUCUUUCAUUUCUGAAGCAAAGGGAACCGCUGGAAUAUACCGCCGCCCUGGAUCGUUGUAAUAUUUUCUCUGCAGGAAGAUGUCCGGAGGCCUGCAUUUGCUGUCUAGAUAAUUCUACGUUGCCUUCGUUAAUUAUCGAUUGUAGAUCUAAAGGACUCACAGAAAUAUCACCAUUACCCACACCGAUAUCUGGACAAUCCACUCUUCAUUUUGAAGGGAAUUAUCUCGAGGCUUUGCACUCCAGUUCACUGCGCGGAUAUGCAAAUGUAGGACAUCUUUACCUGGCCAACAACCGACUGACGGCAAUCGACCAAUUGCCUGAGAAUAUAACAACUCUGGACAUACGAAACAAUAGCAUUUCGGUGCUGAACCGGCAGUUGCGAGACUUCAUAGACAAGAGAAUAGCCGCCUCCACACAGCUGAAGUUAUUGCUGUCUGGAAAUCGCUGGACUUGCACUUGCGAGCACAAAGAUUUCCUUCACUUUGUGAAGAGUCGCUCGCGGAAUAUUGAAAAUGUUUUAGACCUCUACUGCGAUGGUGGCACUGCAACGCUGCUGAUCGAGAUGGAAGAGAGUGAUUUAUGCCCUUCAGGCACCGUGUACUUUGUGACUCUCACCAUUUCGUUCAUGCUAAUCAUACUAACUAUAAACAUUAUGAUCCACUUCAAACAGCCCCUACUGAUCUGGUUAUACGAGCACAAUGUAUGCAUGAGCAUCGCCGCCCGAAGGGAAUGCGAAAAACAGAAGAAGUUCGAUGCAUUUCUAUCAUUCACCCACAAGGACGAGGAACUGCUUGAGGAGUUCGUGGAGAGACUGGAGAGUGGCUCGAACAAAUUCCGGCUCUGCUUCUAUCUGCGCGACUGGCUGGUUGGCGAGUCCAUUCCCGAGUGCAUCAGCCAAUCUGUGAAGGACUCGAAGCGCAUCAUCAUCCUGAUGACGAACAACUUCCUAAAGUCGACUUGGGGGCGACUGGAAUUCCGUCUCGCGCUGCAUGCCACCUCCCAGGAUCGAUGCAAGCGCCUCAUUGUGGUCCUCUAUCCCGAGGUGGAGAACUUUGAUGACCUCGACAGCGAACUGCGCACUUACAUGGUGAUGAACACGUAUCUCAAGCGAGAUGACCCCAAUUUCUGGAACAAACUAAUAUAUUCAAUGCCCCAUGUUAAUGUGCGACCACAGCCUGAUCCAGAGGCAAUAGAGCUUUCAGCUCUAGGCAAUCGCAAUGCUUGAAAAUAUCUUAAGCU